GAGCUGGCCGCGGGAGGAGGUGGACGCAUCGGUCGGGUCGCGGGGAGGCGGUGACGCGACCGGCCGGCGAGAGGGACGGAGCCCGUCCAGACGCCCGAGUGAUGCAGUAACUACAGCUUACUGGUGACACUGAUAGAUGCCAGCACUGCGCGGCAACCGCGGCGCGCUCCCGCCGCCGCCUGGCCCGCGCCACGGUCGCGAGCUUGACAACCUGAUCCGCGACCUACAGCGACUCGACCUCUCACAGUGUCUGGACCAGCUGUACUCGGACAUCAGCCAGCUGAACCACAUGGAGCAGCAGCUGGGCACGUGGUCGGGCCUGUAUGUGCGCUGCCCAGACCCCGAGCCGGAUGAGCUGGGGCACGACCCGGCGGACAAGAAGAGCUCCUCCGGCUAUAGUACCGAGAGCGCCUCGCCGCCAGAGAGCCGUGAUGUCAGUGACGAUGUAGCGGGUGGUGGUGGCGGCAGCGGCGGCGCGGGCGCGGGCGGCGGCGGCGGGGCUGUAGCGGCGCUUGUCUACCCCGUCUGCUGCGAAACGGAAGUGAAGCGGCGGCUCGGCGACGACGCUGGUUCACCGUGCGGCGCAGGCGCGCUGGCUCGGCCGCGCCACCGCACUGCGGUGUCCUUCUGCCCGGCAGCGGCCAGCACGCCACGCUCCCAGUGUCCGCCGCGCUCGCCCAAGACGCUGCGUUUUGCCGCCACGACCGAGCUGAUCGCGCCCGACUCGCCGUCAUGCCGCCAGGUGGCAGCAGGCACGCCGCGGCCGGGCAUCCUGCGCGUCGGCCGCCAGGAGGCGCGGCCGGCGGCGGAGCGGGUCGGUCGGGUCGUUUCCGAACUCUCGCGGCUCGAGGCUGAGCUGAGCGGCUCGGCCGGCCGGGCGUACGGCACGGGCCAGUUCGUCAGCUCGCCUCGCCGCCCGACGGCCCUGGAGGAGCCGUCACCGUCACCUGCGCCUCUCGACCCGCUGGUGCUGGUCCGCGACGGCACCAACGCCGCCUCGCCAGAGCCGGACGAGGGCGCCGCCGCCGUGCGACCGGCGCUCGAAGCGAGCGACAGCUCAGCGCACGACCUGGUGCGCUGGCGCACCUGA